AUGUCUACCCCGACGUCGACCCCUAUCGUUCUCAUCACAGGCGCAAACCGCACCGACGGCAUAGGCUACGCCGCUGCUCGUCAACUCGCUCUCCAACACGGCUUCACCGUCAUCCUAGGCUCUCGCACUCUCUCCCCAUCUCUCGACGAGGCUGUCAAGCAGCUCGAGAAUGAGGGGGCGAAGCAUGGAGUGCAUGCUCUUCAGAUCGAUGUGGCUAGUUCAGAGAGCGUGAAGAAGGCUGCGACAGAAGUGGCGGAGAAGUUUGGAAGACUCGAUGUCUUGGUUAACAAUGGGGCAUUAGGGCUUCCCCCGUCUCGUACUGAUAUUAUCGAGGCGUACCCAAAGAAAAAGCUCGCACCUACGGAACACACGAGGAAAGACUUCGAGGAAGUAUUCGCCGUCAAUACCUUCGGUAUCGUCGACACGAUCAAUGCCUUUGCACCUCUCCUCGCCAAAUCCGCAUCCCCACGCAUCGUUAAUGUCUCUGCCGGUGCUGGCUCCUUGGGCUGCAUGUCUUGGUACCCGACCAAUACGACCGGAGGGACCAAUAUCGUGUACAGUGCUUCGAAAGCAGCGCUGAACAUGCUCACGGUCAUGUACAGCAAAGAUCUGCCGAAGUUGAAUCCCUCCAUCAAAGUCAACUCGGGAUGUCCUGGAUAUACCAACACAUCGAUCAACAAGCACAUCUCCUCUGUCAUUGUCGAAGCCGGUGAGCGCACGCCCGAUGUAGGCGCUGGGGUCGUCGUUUGGCUUGCCACACUCCCUGACGACGGCCCGAACGGAAAGUUUUACUGUGAUUAUCCUCCAUAUUCACAGAAGAUUGGAGACUUCAAGGUUAUAGAGUGGUGA